CAGACUGAGUGCUGCCACAGAUAUAAAGCAAUGACAGUUACAGAAACAGACCACAGACGGCAGAAGAUUACUUCUCUUUACAACAAAGAACAUUCAGCUAAUAAUUGUGACCAUCAGCAGUAAAAAUGUCUUCAUCUGGAGGUGUAGCAAUUGGGAUCGACCUGGGCACCACCUUCUCCUGUGUCGGAGUUUUCCAACAUGGAAAAGUAGAAAUCAUCGCCAACGACCAGGGCAACAGGACCACCCCCAGUUAUGUGGCAUUCACUGACACAGAGAGGCUCAUUGGAGAUGCAGCCAAGAACCAGGUGGCUCUGAACCCCAGCAACACUGUGUUUGAUGCCAAGAGACUGAUUGGAAGAAAGAUGGACGAUCCAGUGGUGCAGGCUGACAUGAAGCACUGGCCCUUCAAUGUGGUCGGAGAUGGAGGGAGGCCCAAAAUUCAAGUGGCGUACAAAGGGGAGAACAAAUCCUUCUACCCGGAGGAGAUUUCCUCCAUGGUCCUGGUGAAGAUGAAGGAGAUUGCUGAGGCCUAUCUCGGUCAAAAGGUGUCCAACGCAGUCAUCACAGUACCGGCGUACUUCAACGACUCUCAGCGGCAGGCGACUAAAGAUGCAGGCGUCAUCGCAGGACUGAAUGUCCUGAGGAUCAUCAACGAGCCCACAGCAGCUGCCAUCGCGUACGGUUUGGACAAAGGCAAGUCGGGAGAACGUAACGUCCUGAUCUUUGACCUCGGUGGAGGAACCUUUGACGUGUCCAUCAUGACCAUUGAAGAUGUUAUCUUUGAGGUAAAAUCCACAGCUGGAGACACUCACCUGGGUGGAGAGGACUUCGACAACCGCAUGGUUAGCCACUUUGUGGAGGAGUUCAAGAGGAAACACAAGAAGGAUAUUAGUCAGAACAAGAGAGCCUUGAGGAGGCUGCGCACAGCUUGUGAGAGGGCCAAGAGAACCCUGUCGUCCAGCUCCCAGGCCAGCAUCGAGAUUGAUUCUCUGUUCGAGGGCAUUGACUUUUACACCUCCAUCACCAGAGCUCGCUUUGAGGAGCUGUGCACCGAUCUGUUCAGAGGAACAUUGGAGCCGGUGGAGAGAGCCCUGAGGGACGCCAAAAUGGACAAGGCACAGAUCCAUGACAUCGUCCUGGUGGGAGGCUCCACCCGAAUCCCCAAAAUCCAGAAACUGCUGCAGGAUUUCUUUAAUGGCCGGGACCUGAACAAGAGCAUCAACCCAGAUGAGGCGGUGGCUUACGGUGCAGCUGUCCAGGCCGCCAUCCUCACUGGUGACAACUCUGGGAAUGUCCAGGACCUUCUGCUGCUGGAAGUGGCGCCAUUGUCCCUGGGUAUAGAGACAGCUGGAGGAGUCAUGACAUCCCUGAUAAAACGCAACACCACAAUCCCCACUAAACAAACCCGGGUGUUCAGCAUCUACUCCGACAACCAGCCUGGUGUUCUUACUGUCUCAAUUCUCAAUUCCCCCCUGCUAACUUCAUCAUUCAUUUUGUACUUGUAUAUACCCCCUGUUUUUAUAUUUUAUUUUUAUAUUUAUUUUUUAUUUUUUAUUUUUAUUUUUAUUUUUAUUUUUAUUUUUAUUUUUAUUUUUAUUUUUAUUUUUAUUUUUAUUUUUAUUUUAAUUUUAAUUUUAAUUUUAAUUUUAUUUAUAUUUUUAUUUAUUCUGUUUAAUGUGUAUUUUGUAUUUUCGAGCUUUCUUGUCUGUGCUGCUGUAACGCCCGAUUUUCCCCUCUGGGGAUCAAUAAAGUAUUAUCCUAUCCUAAAAUGCAAAGAUAUCUGUCGUACAAAUUCUAUUUUUUUUUUAAACUGUCCUCUCUUUAAUCCUAUACAUUUAGAAUAUAGGUCUUGCUUCUUACCGUAAGAUGUUUUUAUCCUGUUUAACUGUAUUGUAUAAAAUGUAAAAAUUCUUAAAUUUGUAAUAUAUAUUUCAUAUUACCCAUGAACGACUUGAAAUGCAAAAGAAUCUUCAUGCAGUUUAGUUUCAUCCUUAUUGUUUUCACCCAUGUCCCCUAAGGUCACAUUUAAAAAGAGUCUAUUUGAUUUAAAGUUAAGGAACACUGCUAAAUAUAUGCUACAAUAAACACUUUUGAUAAUUCUAUAACGUGUAAGUGAUCUGUUGGUACUACUGACAAAGUCUUAAUUGAAGAUGAUCAACAAUAGAAACACAUUUUAUGGAGCAUUUGUAACGAGGAUAUGGUACACUGUUAAAUGUUUGAUCAACAAUAUAUCACAGAUUAAAUUAUACUAGAAUU